UUCAUUCGGCGGUAAUGGCGAAAAAUGAGAAAUUAUUCCGUGUUAUAGUCAUGCUAUGGGCAAUCAUCCUCGAGGUUUCCACGGAAGAUCGUGACAGUGAGAUGUGCGACUGCCCAGAAACCCUAGCGCCGGUCUGCUCGUCCAACAAGAAGGUGUUCAACAAUUCCUGCCAUUUCCAUUGCUACAGACGGAUCUACCCCUCGCUUCGGGUAGUUGGAAGGUCUUUCUGCGCGUCUUGCGUUAUCCCAGCGAGCAACGAACCUGUAUGCGGCUCUAACGGCGUCAUAUACAUGAACUUGAUGCAGUUCGAAUGCGACAGGAAGGCCUACCCUGAGUACCACCUCAAACUGAAGGAGUUACGAUAUUGCACGAUCUGCGACUGUCCCCGUUUCUCGAAAGAGGCAGUUUGCGGCUCUGAUGGAAGGCUGUAUGAUAACAGAUGCGAGUUGGAGUGCUUCAAGAGGGUGUACCCUGAGAUCAGAGUGGUGGAAGUGGCUAUGGAUCAUUGUGUGGGAGAGAUAUUCGUAUAAUAUUUGAAAAUCUGUUACUUCUUGGCAUUAAUCAAGGAAUUUCAUAUUUUAUUAAAUACUUCCUACUCUU